AUGUCGGAAACAGUGACGCUAGAGGACUGGGAGAAAAUCAAGGGGACAGAGGACAGGAGGGCGGGGGCGGACAGCCGGGCCGGGAGGGGGUGUGGCAGACACCCGGGGACUGGCCCGGGGGGAGGCGAGGCCCCGAGUGGGUGGGGCCGGAUAUGUGCAGGCCCCGCCCGGCGCCCCGGUUCGAGGCUCGGGGCACGGCGGCGCGCGCAGGCCGCUGCGGGUGGCUGGUGGCGGCCGGCGUUAUCCCAGGCCAGCGCCGGGCUCUUCUGGCCCAAGGUGGCCCGGGCCGUCCCCAGGAGACCUCCGGACGCUAAGGAAAGCCGUGACGCGGUCCUGCCCCUGACAAGAGAGAAGCCGCGGGCGCCAAGCAAGGCUUCGCAGGCCGGUGGCUGGGGCUCUCCUGGCUCGCGCGGCCCCGUCCGCUCUGUUCCCGGACUGCGCGGAGGGUGCUGGGAGCCGCGGCCACGCAUGCGCCACUCGCGCCCUUGCGCCGCGGAGGCCUUCUCGCCGGCAAGGGGCUGGAGAGAAGGGGCUGCGCGGUGGACUCUCGCGAGAGCGCGCAGCGCGGUGACUCGCCGCGGAGACCCUUUAGGGAUGAAGGGGGACGCGGCGGCGCUUCCCUGGGGUGGAGGGACACAGCGCAGGCACUUUGCAGGAGACGGGCGAACACUACAUGGUGAUAGGUGGUGAGAAAAACAAAGCAAACAAAAAACACAGCGUCCCUUGCCACUUUUGAGCUUUCAGUCUGGUGGAAGAGGCAGGCAUUAAUCAAAUAAUCUACAAACUAAUGUACAGUUGUAACUGCGGCAGCUACUGCCGACAAGAGGAACGUGAUGCUAAGAAUCUAUGUGUAGUACAGGGAGUUGACCUAGACAGGAGGUCUGGGUAAGUUUCUUUACAGAGGUAAAACUAGGGAGGAGAUCCAAAUGGGGAGUAAGAGCUGACUAGGCAAAGUCUAGUCCUCAUAGAAAUCUUAUAAAGCCAUAAGGUUACCUCCGUUUUAGAGUUAAGGACAUUGCCACCUCAGUGAAGUGAUGUAACUGCCCAAGGUUACUUCAGACUGAGUGGCCACCCACGAUUCUGAGUUGGCUAAGAAUAGGGUCUUUUAUAUGCUCCUUGAGCCAUUUGGUGUUUUAGGAGAGGCAAGUGUCGCAAGCAGCUCAGGGACUCUAGGGAGCAGGGGUCACAAACUCGAAAGGCUGCAGGGCUCAGGCAGAUAACAUACAUGAGUGAGGUAGAGUGUAAGACAGUAGGGAGUGGGGAGUAGUGGGGAUUGCAGUGAGCUGGAGGCCAUCUUUUUGGUCAAAAGAAAAAAGCCAGGUGAAGUUAUCACACUUAAAUAGUUGGCAAAUACAUGUAUCUGUCUCCCACACUAGAAUGUUAGCUCAAUGAAGCAGGACUUUAUUUAUGAGGGUGGGUCAAAAAUUAUCCGCACUCUGGUUAUAUUAAAACUUCUGUUGGCCGCACUGUCUUACCAGCAAUUUCCGUUCAAGGCUAUUGUCUCCCCAGUCUCUGCUGUGGUGUGAACAUGUUCAUCAGUUCAUUUGUAAUUGCUGUGUGAGCAAAAAUGGAUGCCCCACUUGUGAUCUGCACGAAAGAAGAGCAGCAUACAGUGACUCGUUUUUUUGUGUGUGUUCUGAGGGUAUACCUGGUGCCGUUAUUUAUAGAAGACUUUGUGAGCAGUAUGGAGAAAGUGUUUUGUCUCGAAGAAGGUCAUCUAUAGUCCUGAAAUUUCUCCAUCAGACUUUCAUCUGUUUGGUCCCUGGAAAGCAGCCCUACGAGGGUGAAGAUUCAUUUCUGAUGAAGAAGUGAAGACAGUGGUGCAUUUGUGGCUUGUAGUUCAGCCUAAAAAGUUUUUUUUUGAUGAGGGAAUACAAAAGCUUGUUGACAGAUGGACAGAGUGUAUUGAAAAGCAAGGAGAUUAUGUCAAAAAAUGAUGUAUUUGUCUUUUCUAAAAGUUAAUUAAAUUC